UUUGUUGAUUAUAAUCAUCAUUGCGUUUAUGCUGCUCAAGUGUUUUUUUUUGCAUUUCUUUAUUCCACAAUCCAUUAAUGAUUAAUCCAUCGAAUGACCUUAUAUGAUUAAGAUUCUCCAUAUCAUUCUUUGGAUAAUUAUUCUUUAAAUUCCAUUUCUUAUAAUCAUCAUUAUCAUUCUAUUGAUAUAGCCAUGGCGAAUCCAACAUAAAUCAUUAAAUUCAUCAUUCAUUUAUACAACUAUUUUUUUUAGAAUAUCCUUUAUAUUAAUUUUAAUUAAUUAAUAAUUAUGUCCAAAAUGACGUAUUUUGCCCCAUGUGUCAAACGUUCAAUUAAUCGACGUGAUGACGAAGACAAUCAUAUUAAUGGUAAAAUUGAAAAUAAUGAUAAUAAUGAAUUUAUGCCUGUAACCAAACGAAUGAAUUAUCUAUCCAUAGAGAAUACAAAUAGUAAUGAUACACUGAUAAGUGGUUCGAGUUCUUCAAGUAAUUGUAGUACAACUAGUAGUCUGCCAAAUGAAGACGAUAGUAAUGAUUCUGGUUAUCAAUAUCAAGGACCAAUGAAAAAUGAAAAAACACUGAUGAUGAUGAACAAUAAUGGUGACCACAACACAACAACAAUGCCAAUAAUCAACAAUAAUAAUCAUGAAAAUCAAUUAAUGAAUUUGGAACAAUUAUAUCGAACAUAUAAUCCAUCAUUGAAAUUACAACAGAAUCCAAUAUAUUAUGAUGCAAACAGGAUUUUGUUUGAAGCACAUCAGAUGCGUCUAUUACGAAAUAUAAAAUCAUCGUGAUGAUUAUCAAAUUGUUAAAUUAAUCAA